AUCUGCAUCGUAUGUCCUUUUCUCUCUAUCUCUUCAUUCGCGAGCUGUCACUGAGCUCAACCUAUAAAUUUAAAACUCUCCGGAAUUCAAUUUUCUCUGCACAGUUCAAUCCAAAGUACAGAUAGAUAGAUUCGAUCCAUUGCAUAAUCUGAAGCCUUUUUAUUUCCUCUUUUUAAAAAAAAAAAAUUACGAUCGAAUUGUGACGGAACGGAGAUGGCAGCGCCGAACAGGAUCGAACGCGCCCACCAGAUGUACCGCGACGGACGUUACGAAGAGGCGUUAGGGUUCUACACGGAGGCAAUCGCCAUGGCCAAGACCAACCCUCAGAAGAUCGCUUUGCAUAGCAACCGAGCCGCGUGCUAUCUCAAGCUUCACGAUUUCAAAAAGGCAGCAGAAGAGUGUACUUCAGUGCUUGAGCUUGAUCACAAGCACAGUGGGGCAUUGAUGCUGCGGGCUCAAACGCUAGUCACCCUGAAGGAGUACCAUUCAGCACUUUUUGAUGUCAACAGACUCUUAGAGUUGAAUCCAUCUUCAGAGGUUUAUCAAAAUCUUCAAGCUCGUUUGAAGACACAAUUGGCACUUACUCCAAUACCAGAAUCAGAAGAAGAGGAGUUUGAAGAACAGGAAGAUGAGGAGCCUGAAGUGAUAUCACAAAGGGAGAAUGAAAACGAAGAGAUGGGAGAGAAAUAUUCGUCGAUUUCUAAUAUUGGGACAGAUCAAAAGGUUGAGCUUGGCAAAGGUAUUAUUAUUGCUGAUUGUGCUCCCCAUGAAACAGACCUCAAGUUUUCAUCCAAGCAAGGAAGAAACCAAAACAAUGAGCCUAAGAAGUCCACAGCAGAUGCUAUAGCUCCUAAAGCACCAAACAAGGAAUCUACCGAGCAACAUUCAAAAGGAUGGCAAACAAUUCCAAAACCAAAAGGACAUUCAGCUCUAGACUAUGCACGGUGGGACAGUGUUGAAGAUGAUUCCAGUGAUGAUGACGAUGAAGAUGAAGAUGAAGAGUCUCUGCCUCAGUACCGAUUUCGUGUAAGAACAGUUGGUGUCCGUCCUGUAAAGUGAGACGAUUCUACUGUACAGUACAUAUAAAUGGCUUUUUUUAUCCCAUAGACUAUAGUGAACAUGUAAGUAACAUUUGAUGGGCAAGAACGAGCCUGUUACAACAGCUCAAUCAUGUCGUCUGCCUUGAAGAUAUAUGAAUCCUUUAGAGAAAUGCACUGGCCUGUACUGAGUUGGUUUGAUAGUCAAUGAUGAUGAGCUAUUUGAACUCUGAAUUUUUACCUGGAAUCCAUCCGUUCAAAGCUGCUAUCAUCCUGAUGUCCUGUCAAUCACAUUCCUUUGUGAUAGAAAGUUUAAGGGUUCACGUUUCUGUAUUGGACCAAAAGUGUGGGGAUUGGGGAGAGUUCUUCAGCUGCAGAGGCUCAUUCAGCGUGACUAAAACCAUUGCAGCUGGGAGCAGGCUGAUUACUUUUCUUGGGGAUACUAUAAAUAGAAGUCAAAUUUCCUGAUGAUUAAUUAUUGUAGAAAAACAAUUAUAAGGUUUCAGCUGCAUGAACCUGUGUUUUAUGCUCUUCUUUUUGUAUUUUUAUGUAAUAUGAUUCAUUAUUCAUCAAUAGUUUUAUGUUCAUGUCUUCUUAAACGCUA